GGAGCAAACAGAUGGGACUUCUCACAUAAAAAGGUGUUUGUCGUGCAGGAGCGGUUGUUUUUGAUCGUGGAACUGGCCACAUGCUGCCGCGCACCGGGACCAUGCAGAGCUCCAGGCUGCCGAGCGGCGCGCUCCUCUGCGCGCUGCUGCUGCUCUCCGCCGGAGCCGCCGGAGCGCAGCUAAUGGACACGGAGUCCGAGGAGGAGCUGAGCCCCAGAGCUCUGCGGGACUUCUACCCGAAAGGACCGAACCUUACCAGUGAGAAGCAGCUGCUUGGAGCUCUCCAAGAAGUUCUUGAAAAGCUGCAGGCUAACCGACUUCCGGCGUGGGAAAAGAAAUUUGGACAAGUUCCAACAUGUGAUGUCGGGGAGCAGUGCGCAGUGAGGAAAGGCGCUCGGAUCGGAAAGAUGUGCGACUGUCCCCGCGGAGCUUUCUGCAACUUCUUCCUGCUGAAGUGCUUAUGAGCCUCUCCGGAUCUGAAUGUAGCAUCGAGAGAAGAAACAAACAAAAAAACUUCAUAACUUUUUAAAAGGUCCAGGUGAGGAGCAGCUGGAGUGACUACCAACACUUAAAAUAAAGAUUUAUUGCAGUUUUAACCCUGUCUCACAUCACAGAAGGAGUCUGUGAGGGUGUCAUGAAGGUGAAACAAUGACGAGAAAAUUAUAAAUAUUCAUAAAGUUCUUGUAAAUACUCAGAUCCUCUUUAUGUUUGUAGAAAACUCACAAUCCACAUCCAAAAUGUAACCAGCAAUAUCAUGGAAGCACAUCUAUAAUCUCCAUCUGCUGUGAUUUAAACCCAGUUUGUUUCAUAUAUGAAUGUUUUGUGUGACUCUAAUAAACUGUGAAUCCUCUUGUUUUGUAAAGCA